AGUAGUAAAAAAGUAGGAGAAAUAACCAGUCUUGACCACUAGAGGUGCCCAUUGUGCAGCUAAAUGCAGUUCUCCUAACCCUCACUGUUGCCCUCUGCAGGUGACCAAAAUGCUUGCCGUGGUUGUGAUCCUCUUUGCCACCCUGUGGAUGCCCUACCGCACCCUGGUGGUGGUCAACUCCUUCCUGGAACAGCCCUACCUCGACAACUGGUUCCUGCUUUUCUGCCGCGUCUGCGUCUACCUCAACAGCGCCAUCAACCCGGUCAUCUACAACGCCAUGUCGCAGAAGUUCCGCGCCGCAUUCCGCAAGAUCUGCCGCUGCAGGAGGAAGGGCUCGGACAAACCCGCCACCUACAGCGUGGCGCUCACCUACAGCGCCGUCAAGGACACGUCGAUGGUGGAGAGCACCGACCACUACACCACCGAGCUGGAGGAGCUGACCGUCACCGACGAGCUGCUGACGGAGCAGAAGGUGAUGUUUCCCAACCCGUGUGUUUACGGGAAGGUGGAUUUCAGUGACGCCUGAGACGGAAGGAUUAAAGACGUGGACAAUGUGGCUUUAAUGUGUCCGUUAAGUGCGAGGGCGGUUUCUUGAUUGCCCGCUGACCUUUUCAGGGGGCAACCUGCUGCUGCUGUAAACACAGAUUACAGCCUCUAAUGUGUCACAGCUUCAUCGUUGACGCCAAACACGCUCUCUUUUAUCAAUAGCGAUCCACAAACACGGGCAGAUAAGUGCUGCCCAAUCACACGGCUCCUCGCGUUUCAACGGACCCUUGAAAUAAACCGUGAGUCCAGAUGAUUGUCAACUGAUUGUCAACAGUCUACCUUCAAGUACAAGAUGCUCCGUAACAUCGUGUCAUCAAGGACCGAGCUCAUUGGCUGCACAUGGACGUCAACAAACUGUACCAACCACAGAACUAGUCAGUGACGUCACCAAAAAUCAUCAACCUGAACUAGAAGACAUUUCCUUCAAACUGCAAAACAACAUGACGUCACUGUCUUCUGGACCAUCUAACACAAACUUUUCUGGA